AUGUGAUUUCCGUCUCGCAACGCCACAGUGAUGUUUCCGAAGAGUCGUGGGUAACUGUUAACUCCUGUGACCUCAGUCUAGCUCCGGAUAAAACUCUCUCUAGAUUAAUAUCUUUUUAAUGGAGUUGUUUCGUAUUUGUUUAUGUUACAAAGUAGCUACUCUUUGCAGAGGAGAGACACUCACAUCAUCUCAAGAGAGAACUAGUCAACAGCGUUUUAGGUGCCAUUAUCUUACUACAAGUCCCCUCUUUGAAACUCGUUAUUUUAGCAUUUCACAACGUUUAUUUGACAGUAGUAAAAACUAGAUUAUUAAAAAAAGUUAAAGUUAGAGAAAGCAGCAUGAUGACGGAAGAAGACAGUUUUUCAUAUAUAAGGAAUUUUCCUCAAGUGUUUCCUGUGUUUAGAGUUCGUUCUCAAAGUGACACGUCUGGUUUUAAAUCCAGAAUACUAACCAGACUACGCGCAGCUUGUUCAGUGGAAGGACUGGAAAAAUCUUCACUGGCCAACUGUGAUGUGGUGGGAAGCUCACAGUCUGCUCCGCUGAAAGGAAAGGGGAAACUUUCUUCUCUGGGAAAGAUCUUUAAACCUUGGAAAUGGAGGAAAAAGAGGACCAGUGAUAAGUUCCAGGACCUCUCCAAAGUUUUGGAGAGAAAGAUAUCCACCCGACAAACUCGAGAGGAGCUCAUAAAGAAGGGUGUGCUCAUUCCAGAUCAAGAUGAUCCCGUGAACACAGAGACCUUGAAUGGUCAUGCAGGGUCCAGUGGAGUCACUGAGAAGGUCAAAGUGGACAUUGAAACACCAGACAAAGUCCCCGAAGUGAAAGCAGAAUUGGCAACAGUUUCAGAGCACACAGAAGAGAAGAAGGACAGCAAUCCCAGUCCCAAGGCCAGUGAGUCAAACGCUCCAAAAACCCUUCCUAAAAAACAACAGGUCACAUCCCCAAAAACCCCAGGUGUGGCCUCGGGUACAGGUGUGAAGAGAGGGGGCCAGGCAGGGGCCAAAAAGGUGACCAAGAGCACCACUAAGCAGGUGACCGCUCCUCCUCCUACAUCCAAACAAACCACUCGAAGUGCCACACGUGGUAACGCUAAACCGACCAAUGCUAAGAAAACCGCCGGCACAUCCAAAGUUUCUACUCAGGCUUCAGGACAAUCAUCUUCAUCCACCUCCUCGAAGACCCCAAAGAACAACAGCUCGGAACUGAAGGUAACACAAGCCAAGUCUGGCAAGAAAACCGAACUCUCCAGGUCACCACGACCCCCUUCCAAAGCUUCGUCUGAGACGGGCAGCGUUCCCGAGGAAAGCGCCUCUAAAAAGGACCAAAAGAAAAAAGAGGUGACCUCUGAUGUUAACAGGUCAGUUGAGGAGAAAUCUCAGGACAGGAAGGGUCCGAAGGGACAUGCUUCAGAAUGUUCUUCAGAGCAGAACAAGAUUCAGCCCCAUGUUAAUGAGGCGACAGAGGAAACGCCGUUUACUAGAUCUUCAAAUGAACUUUCUACAGACACUUCAGAUAAACCUGUGAAAACAGAGAGUGAGCUUGUGGAGGAGAAGACAACGACGGACCAGACACAAACGACUGAAGGAGAAAAACCACAAGCUGUCAACGUGGAAAACCCAGAGGUGACCUUCAUUCCUGACCCCGUCAGGGAAAACCAUGCCAAUGAUUCUGAUUCAGACGGGCCUAUACUCUACAAGGAUGAUGAUGAUGAAGAGGAUGAAGAUGAUGAGUAUACCAAUAGCUCCCUUGCCAGCAAAAUUCGCCGCAGAGACACACUUGCCAUUAAACUUGGAAACCGACCCAGCAAAAGGGAGCUGGAAGAGAAGAACAUUCUCCCACGGACAUCGGAGACCGAGCGGCAAGAACUAUGGCAGCAGAUCGGCUGCAAACUAGUCAGACGGCUGAGCCAGAGGCCCACCACAGAAGAACUAGAACAGCGAAAUAUCCUGAAACAGAAAAACGAGGAGGAAGAACAAGAGGCCAGGCAGGAGAUCAAAAGAAGACUUUCCAGGAAGUUAAGCGUCCGGCCCACAGUCGCAGAGCUGGUGGCUCGUAGAAUUUUGCGCUUCAAUGAAUAUGUGGAGGUCACGGAAGCAAAAGACUAUGAUCGUCGGGCUGACAAACCCUGGACCAGGUUAACCCCUGCUGACAAAGCUGCUAUACGCAAAGAACUGAAUGAGUUCAAAAGCAAAGAGAUGGAAGUCCAUAAAGAAAGCAGACAGUUCACCAGGUUUCAUCGGCCCUGAGGCGGUGCCUGCUGGCGGGGUGCUGGAAGCCUUCAAACUCAUAGCUCUCUCUUCCUGUUUCUUCAACCAUGCUUCCUGCUGAGAGACUAACAGACUGGCUCCUGCUGCAGCCGGCUAUUCUCUGGCACAGCCUGCGCUCCCUGCUGGCCGUCUUGUCUUUGGUUAUUGCUUUCAGCCACUGGGGGGCUAUAGCAUAUCUGGGGAUGGGCCUGGAAUGCCAUUGCAAGAUGAAAACAGAGUGAGAGACCUUCACAAAAUAUAAAGCAACUCAAGGAUUCUGACCAUUUUUCUAACCUUUUAUUUUUUGCACACACUAAGGACAUAACUUGCACUCUUUUAAUUUUCCCAAGGUUCAGUGCAACAGUACAAAACAGGCAGUGACUCAUUCUUGUGUUGUUGCUGCUUAAGCGCCCACAUUUUUUUUCCCGUUUUUUUUUUUGUAUAUACUACAGUACCUUUUCUCCUACAGUAUUCUGACAGAGUCCAUUAACAUCAAUGAAUAGCCGUGCAUGCGAAGACUGUUUAUAAGACAUAUGUACCUGGUUCUUUCCAUCAGCGUACAUUAAAUUGAUAUUGAAGUCCAGGUUUAUUACUGCCAUCUGUAUCCUGAUUAUAAACACCCUCUAUAUAAUAGACGUUAUGUAAUCAGAUUUAUGUUGUGCCUUGACAGUGUUUUUUUGUUUCCCCAAAGUCGGAUUACUUUAUGGUUGUUGUAAUAUAUCUGUAACUGCUGUAAAGGAAAAAAAAACAUAUGUUUAUGACAUAUUCCAUGUCUAUUUACUUUUUUGAUCUCUUUUUGUCUAAAUGUUAUCAGUUUUCUCAGUUCCAGUGAAUGUGGAUUUGGCUUUUGUAUAUAAAUUGGUGGGUUGUAUUAGGCACAGUGGUGCAGAGCCAUAUAAAAGAUGUGGCAAGAAAGAGUUUUAACUUGAAAAAUUGGAAAGGGCUUCUCUACAUGUGAAAAGGUGGGAUUUAGUCCAUAAAGGAAUGUGUCACACAUAUUGGUGCUCUAAAUAAUAUGACCAUAUAUCAAAAGUAGUCUUUGUUAAUGUAGUUUUUUGGGGGAGAAACUAUUUUAAAUUAUUUCAGAUCACUUGUACAGACUGUAUAUGAUAUAUGUGAAUACAUCAAGUAUAUUGCA